AUGUUUUGUCUGAGAAGAGUUUUUAAUCCAAGGACUAUAUCCUAUUUAAAUCCUGCUUUAAGAGCCCAGACAGUAUCCAGAUGGUCUGCCUUCCGUUCUUACAGCUCACCGGCCAAAGAUUUUGUUCGCUCAGUCUUCUCCGAUGUUGCUAAGAACUACGACCUCAUGAACGACCUCAUGAGCAUCGGAAUCCACCGCAUUUGGAAGGAGAUUCUCGUCCAGGAGGUCAUUUCAUCCCUCAAGUUGUCACAUCGCCACCUUAGCAAGGAUUACUUUUCAGACGACUUCGUGCCAGAUCACUUGAUUGUCGACAUUCUCGACUUGGCUGGCGGCACCGGCGACGUCGGCAUCAGGAUCUGCCAGCUCUCGAAGGACCUGAAGUUCCAGGACUCAAACGGCUUCACGCUCCACGACGCGCUCAAGAUCACGCCCAAGGUCGUCGUCUGCGACCCCUCGGAGGAAAUGAUGAAGCUGGGCCGUGAGAAGGCCGACCGCGUCGGCGUCAAGGACCUGACCUGGGAGGUCGCCGAGGCCGAGAAGCUGCCCUUCAAGGACCGCAGCUUCGACAUCAUCACCCUGGCCUUCGGGCUACGGAACUUCAGCGACCGGAAGGCCGGCCUCGGCGAGUGCUUCCGCGUCCUCAAGCCCGGGGGCCGCCUGCUCGUCCUCGAGUUCAGCCACUGCGAGAACGAGCUUUUUUCGGCUCUCUACAAGACGUACUCUGAGAACGUCAUUCCCCUCCUCGGCUCCCUCGUCGCCAAGAACGAGGAGGCCUACGACUACCUCGUGGAUUCCAUUAAGAAGUUCCCCAAUCAGCAGGAGCUCGCGGAGAUGUUCAAGAGCGCCGGCUUCAUUCACGUUUCUUAUCGCAACCUCACUGGCGGCAUCGUUUGCAUCCAUUCUGGAUUCAAGAAGCUGUAG